AUGAUUUUGUUUAUUGCAGGGUGCCAUGCCGAGGAUGACGCCACUCCAGCUAGCAACGCGACCGAGGCCGUCGCUCCGGUGCACGCCUUCCGCAAGGGCGCCGAGACCAUGCAGUUCCAGGCCGAGGUGAACAGGCUGAUGGACAUCCUGAUCAACUCCCUGUACUCCAACAAGGACAUCUUCCUGCGCGAGCUCAUUUCCAACGCUGCCGACGCGCUGGACAAGAUCCGCUUCCUGGCUCUGACCGACAAGUCCCAGCUGGGUGACACCGAGGAGUCCCAGGCCCUGGGCAUCCGCAUCUGGGUGGACGAGGAGAGGCGCGUGCUGUCCAUCCGCGACUCCGGCGUGGGCAUGACGCGCCAGGACCUGGUGAACAACCUGGGCACCGUGGCGCGCUCCGGCACCUCGGCCUUCCUAGAGCAGGCCCAGCGCGGCGGCGACCUCUCCCUCAUCGGCCAGUUUGGUGUCGGCUUCUACUCCGUCUACCUCGUCGCCGACUACGUGGAGGUGGUGACCAAGCACAACAACGACAGCCAGUGGGUGUGGGAGAGCCGCGCCUCGGGCGACUACGCGCUGUCGGCCGACGAAGACGGGCCGCAGCUGGGCCGCGGCACGCAGAUCAACAUCCACCUCAAGCCCGCCUGCGAGGAGUACGCGCGCCCGGACAAGCUGCGCGAGCUGGUCCAGCGCUACUCCGAGUUCAUCUCCUUCCCCAUCAGCCUUCAGGUGGAGAAAACCGUUACCAAGGAGGUGCCGCUGGAUGAUGACUCCCCUGCUCCUGACAGCAAGGACGCCGACGACAAGGAUGCCGACGUCGUGGACGAAGACGAGGAGGAGGCCAAGGAGAAGACGAAGACCGUCACUGAAAAGGUCAAGGAGUGGGAGGUGCUGAACGAUGCGCAGGCGCUCUGGCUCCGCGCCCCGGGCGACGUCACCGACGAGGACUACGACAAGUUCUUCCAGGUCCUCAGCAAGGGCCAGUCCAAUCCGCUGGCGCACACCCACUUCCGCGCCGAGGGCGACGUCGAGUUCAAGGCCAUCCUGUACGUGCCCCGCACGCCGCCACCUGACAUGUACCAGGACUACUACAGCCGCAAGCCGAGCCUGAAGCUGUACGUGCGCCGCGUCUUCAUCUCCGACACCUUCGAGGACCUGCUGCCCAAGUGGCUCAGCUUCCUGGUGGGCCUGGUGGACUCCGACUCCAUGCCGCUCAACGUCUCGCGCGAGAUGCUGCAGCUGCACGAGGGCCUCAAGGUGAUCAAGAAGAAGCUGGUGCGCAAGGCACUGGACAUGAUCCGGCGCCUGUCCGACGACGAGCGCUCUGCGGUGAAGGAGCUGGCGGAGCUUGGCCCCGCGCCCGAGGACGAGGGCGAGGCGGCGGCGGCGCGGCGCGCGGAGCUGACGGCGGCGCGCGACAAGUACCCCGCCUUCUGGAAGGCCUUCCACAAGGCGGUGAAGAUGGGGGUGAUCGAGGAGAAGGCGCACCGCAAGCGCAUGCUGCCCCUGCUCCGCUUCCCCACCUCGUCCUCCAACGGCUCCGACACCACGCUGGACGAGUACCUGGCGCGCAUGAAGGAGGGGCAGAAGCACAUCUACUACCACAUUGGCAUGUCCAAGGAGGAGGUGGAGAAGUCGCCGUUUGUGGAGACGCUGGUGGCGCGCGGGUACGAGGUGGUCUACCUCUCCGACCCGCUGGACGAGUACAUGAUGGGGCACCUGAACGAGUACGACGGCCACGACUUUGUCAACGUGGCCAAGGACGACCUGCGCCUGCCGGAGGACGCCGACGCGAAGGAGGCGGAGAAGAAGGAGGAGUUCAAGCCCCUGACCCGGUGGUGGAAGAAGCUGCUGGUGCUGGGCCAGCCCGUGGAGAGGGUGCGCAUAUCUCAGCGCCUCACCUCCCGCCCCUGCGUCGUCAUGGCCAACAAGUUCGGCUGGUCUGCCCAGAUGGAGCGCCUGUCCAUGACCCAGGCCCUGGGCGCCGACCCGUCGCAAGCCAAGUGGCAGCGCGGGCUGCGCACGCUGGAGAUCAACCCCACUCACCCGCUGGUACGUGAGCUGAAGGCGCGCGUGGCGGCCGCGCCCGAUGCCGCCGAGACCAAGAACCGCGCCAUGGUGCUGUACGAGACCUGCCUCAUGGAGUCGGGGUACCUGGUGGAGGACGUGACGGGGUUCAACUCCCGUGUCCUGCACCUCCUGGGCGCCAGCUUGGGUCUGGAGGACCUGGUGGAGCCGACGCCGCCCAAGUCCAAGCUGGACGAGCCCAAGGCGGAGAAGGAGGAGGAGGACGACGACGACGGCGAGCCCAAGACGCACACCUUCACCUCCACGAUGAAGCUUGGGGUGGACGACCUGAAGGGCCCCAUCACCAUCCCUGUCGGCACGCAGGACGAGGUCGCGGCCGAGGGAGAGGCCACAAACAUGGUGCAGAAGGGCCUGAACGCCCCCACCCUGGAGCAGGAGAUUGCUGCCUGGAGUGAGGUGGUGGACCGCUACUCGCUGUCCAACGAGCCCUGGGCCGCAGAGGUGGCCGGCCGGGCGCUGGGCAACCGCGGCAACGCCCGCGCGCGCCAGGGCGACAUGGAGGGCGCGCUGGCCGACCUGGACGCCGCGGCGGACAAGUGCCCUUGGGCCGUAGACCCCGUGCUGAAACGCGGCGUGGUUCUGGAGGCGCUGGGGCGCUGGGACGACGCCAUCGCCGACUUCACCGAGGUGCUGGCCGUGGCGCCGCGCGACCCCGCCGCCUGGAACAACAUGGGCAAUGCGCACGCAGGCGCGGGGCGGUAUGCCGAGGCGCUGGCCUACUACGACGGCGCGGUGCAGCUGGCGCCUGCCUUCUCCUUUGCCGCGGCCAACAAGGCGCUGGCCCUGUAUCAGCUGGAACAGGACGAGCUGAGCCUGCACGAGAUGCGGUCCCUGCUGCGCCGCUACCCGUCCUUUGUGGACGUGCGUGCGGCGCUGACGGCGGCGCUCUGGCGUGCCGGACAGGAGGCGGAGGCGGAGGACCAGUGGCUGCGGGUAGACGACCCCCGGUACAGGGAGCGCGACUGGCUGGUGACCAAGCGGCGGUGGCCCCCGCGCCUGGUGGGAGACCUGCUGGCCUUCCUGUCGCUGCAGAGCACCGUGGUGCCCGCCGCCUGA